AUGUCUGCGCCAGUUCAAGCAUCCUCCACGCAACGCAUUCCGCGCAAGCCCGUUCCGAAGUUCAACUAUGACGCGCUCUACCCCGCGCCCGAUCUGCACGACCCGCUCGCGCCCUUGGCCGUCCUACGCAACCGUCAUCCCGAGGGCGCCAGCACCCAGCUGCCGGUCCUGAACAUACCGGCGCUUAACAUGCCGAUUCUGCCCCUUCCGGCCGAGACGGCGCCGCCGCCAAGCAUCCGCCGUCAAACGAUCGUGGCGAUGCCCAGCGACAAGCGGAAGAGGUCGCUCUCCGUCGUAGGGCCUGCUAAGGCAACAUCCAAGGCGGACAGGCGCAAGACUGCUAUUCUCGGCAUCAGCGCGCCGAUCGCUACGUCUACCGCGCCUGCAGUGCCCUCUGUGCCCCGUAUCCCCGUUGCAUUCCCUGUGGCACGCGCGCCGCGUUCCGCCUCGCGCCCUAGUACUGCCGACUCCAUUCGUCCGGGCACGGGCCGUAGCAUUUCGUCGAACUCCUCGUCGGCGUCCUCCAUGCUCUCGGAUCUAUCGGACUGGCCUGAUCACCUCAUCCACAAGCUGGGCGAUCCGGAGGUCACGCUCGCCCAGGACGCGCGCAAGAACAUGCGACCGAUGGCUGUCGACGAGCCCGCGCCGAGUAUGCGCCGUACACAUACCCCACUCCCGAUCGCGCCCGUGCCCUCACCUGCAGGCCCCAACACGCUGAAGAAGAAGGGCUCGCGUACUUCCCUUGCCGCGCGCAUGUUUUCCAGCCGCUCGAGUACUCCCGUGCCGACUUCGCCGCCUCCAAAGGUCGCGAAGCUUCCUUCCUCUGCCGCAUCUACAUCCGGCAACGACUCUGGCUACGAGACUGCCACGAGCAACCUCACCCCGCCCUCAAGCGCAUCAAGCAGUUCUACCGCAUCCGGAUCGAGUGUAGAGGCCGCCACCCCACAUGCUCCGAGUCGCUCGCCCUCGCCACUUCGCGCGCCUUCGCCUCUACAGGCACCGAAGCGCAAGUCCAGCAUGGGUGUGCUGAAACAUCACUCCUCCGCGGCCCUCAAGCGCCAGUCCGCCGCCGCCGCACUCGUUCUCGCCGCAGAAUCCGAGCCCGAGGACGAGUCGCGAGCUCGAAGGCGCACUAUCUCGACGACAUCGCGUGCGCGCAGUAAGUCGGUGUCGCAGCAGCCUCGCAGCAGGUCCACCGAGCACGUCGGUGCGGGUUCCGGUGUGGCUCCGAGGCCGAGCCUGAAGAGUUUGAUGUCCCUGCCUACGCCGCCACCCGUGCCGGUGAUCCCGAAGGUACAGAGGGCGGAGGCUCGGGAAGCGAAGGCGAAGGGAGGCGAGGCGAGAGUGGAUAUCCAAGUGAAGGCGCCUACGCCUAUGCACCCGCUCGUCCGCACAACGUCGUUGCGGGACACACCACCAUCGCGCCCAAAACGCUCACACCUCCGUUCCGUUUCCGACCCCGACGCUCUUGCAAGUGCCGUACGCUCGCAGCUAGCUGCAGCCCCUAUCCCACCAGUACCUUCUAUCGCCGCACGCGCAGCCUCGCCCACUCAGCGAGCGGCGUCGCCAUCGCCUGCUCGUACGGCUACACCUACGUCUGCACGUUCAGGCUCGCCCCGCAAGGGUCCGCCCGUACCCCUUGACCUCCCCGAAGAACCAGCUUCAGCACUCUCCGCCCGCUACAAGCCACAUGCAAAGUCACCAAAACCGACGGCCCGUGCGCCCAGCGAGACGCAGCCCGCACCCGUACCAGUACCCGCACUGCCGAUGAAGAUCCCUCUCGCAGAAGUUGAACGUAGGCCACAGGUUGUCCGUACGCGCACGUCGAUGCCGCGGCUGAAUCGCCUGCGUAGCAGCACCAUGAACGGCGAAUGCACCUCGCCAACUUCGCCGACAUCACCCUCUCGCCGUCGUGCGGCGCCCUUCUCCCGCUCUUUCACAUCGCUCCCGCUACCUCACGCGAAGUCUUCACACGCGCACUUGCCACCGAGCCCGGACCCCAUGGGUGCUGUGCUCCCGAGCGCUGCCCAGCUCGCUCGUGCAGCAGAGAUGGUCGUCCUUCAGGAGAAUGGGACUCCGGUGCCGUUCGGUUCGCUGUGGAAGGAGAAGCGCUCUGCAGUGAUCUUCAUCCGUCACUUCUGGUGCCCUUCGUGCCGCGAAUACCUCGCUGGUGUUGUGCGCGCUGCUGAUACCGCUGCACUCGAGCGAGCGGGCGCGCAGUUGUUGAUCGUUGGAUGCGGGGACUUCAACCUCAUCAAGAGCUACCGCCAGACCUUCCGCAUGCCAUUCCAGCUCGUCGUUGAUCCGUCGCACGGUCAACAGCUCUACCGCACUCUGGGCAUGAACAUGCUGCUCCCACCUGGGCUUGGUGGCGUUCAGCCUUCCGGUGGCGCGAAGGGUCGGGUACGCUCGGCCGCGUUCGUCUUCAAGACUACGCUGCGUGCUGGUGUUCCUGCUUGGGGUCGCGGCGGAGACUCGUCACAGCUGGGCGGCGAGUUUGUGCUCGGUCCUGGUCUGCGUUGCACGUACGCACACCGUAUGCAAAGUGUACGGGGACAUGCUCCUGUUGAGGAGGUGCUCGCAGCCGUAGGCGUCAUGACGUCCGCAACCAGCGUGCGCGUCUGGCUUCCGGACCAUGCGGAUGAGGAGAGCGGCAGCGAGAAGGAGAUCGUGGAGAAGAAGUCCACGCAUGCGCCAGGCAUCACUUUCGAGGACUCGAAGCGCAGCAUUGGAUGGGAGUCGACCGAGUCGACAGUGCUCGUAGGGUUUAUGGGCUUUGAACUUAUCUCGGGCUACAGGGGGACAGACACGAUGAGGCUUGAACGGUUCGAGUACUCCUUCACUUCACUUACUUCAUACAAAUUCUACGAUGCUCGCUAUUUAUACUUUAUGUUCACGACUGCGUCAUUAUUUUUACGACCCGUUGAACCUUUAUGA